AUGGCUCUCCAGAUAAAUGUAUUGCUGAUUUCCUUUCUCCUCUCGGUGUGUUGGGGUGCCCUACAGGACCAGAGGAACGUUCCUCAGUACCAUGAGCUGAUAAGACAGGGUCAGGUCAAGCUAACUCAGGGGGAGUCUGAACCCGAUUUUAUCCACAGAUUCAAUGGUACCACCAUCUUACAGAAAAUACUUACAUUGGACUCAAUGUAUGACCAGGCUGUGCUCCUAGAGAAGGAAUUUCUGACUGAUCUUGGGUCUCGGAUCAAAAUGUCGGGGGGUUGUGGUGUUGGACUUCAGCUAUUACUUGAUGGUUUGAAGGAAAGAAGUCUCUGGUCUCUAAAAAUGCUUGAUGCCAUAGGAAAAGUUCCCAGUGGUAUAUUUGAUGGUGAUUUCAUAUGGCCCGGUCAGUAUGAUGAGUGUAAUGCAAUCAGUCAGGCAUUCACAGAUAGGAUCACUUAUAAUGAGACUUUCCUGGUUCGAGGGAAAUAUUUUGUGGCAGGAUUGUGGAAUCCUUUGGGAUAUAACACAACUGAUCUAAGGAUGGGAGUCUGCCUGCCUGAUGCCUGUAAUGCAGCUGAUGUCAAACAAGUGAUGGGAUUAGCAUUUUUGGAGCUGUAUCAAUAUACAAACAAAACAAUCAAGCUUUCUCUGAAAUAUGUUUAUCAUCAAGAGACAAAGUACAAAAGCACUCCAGAGUUUAUUGCUGCCAGUGUGAUCUGUUCCAUCAUUGGCUUUCUAUUAUUGCUGGGCACCCUUUACGACAUGUUUAUAAAUCAAGAUGUGGACUCCUCGGAAAUCGGAGAUGUGAGAAUUAAUAAACAGGACAGUGAUGCACAGUCCGUUAAUUCUGACACCACUCAUCUGAUGUCGGAUGGAACUCGAGUAUCUGUCUUGUCAUUCAGAAAUAAGAUCUUGCACAACAGUAAACUAAGGAAGUUUUUACUGACUUUUUCAAUCAGCACUAAUGGCAGUAAGGUUCUCAACACUGAUGCCCUCCCUCCUACCGCGGUGCCCGCUCUCAAUGGGGUGAGGGUCCUGAGUAUGGGCUGGGUCAUUCUGGGCCACACCUAUUUCUUCACACUGGGCAGUGCAAAAAAUGCAGCUGUAGCUCUGAAUUGGUUACAAAGAUGGACUUUCCAGAUCAUCAUCAAUGGAAUCUAUUCUGUGGAUUCAUUCUUUCUGCUCAGUGGUUUGUUAGUGAGUUAUUUGACCCUCAAAGAGUUACAGAAAAGAGACGGAAAGCUGAACUGGUUACUAUUCUACUUCCAUAGAUUCUGGAGGUUGACCCCUGCCAUGAUGCUGGUUAUCCUGGUGUACACGGCCUACUUCCAGUACUGGGGCUCGGGACCUCUCUGGCCCCUGACGUCACCCGACUACCAGAACUGUAAGGAUUACUGGUGGAGGAAUCUUCUGUAUAUCCAGAACUUCUUCUCAGUCAGUAAAGAGUGCAUGGGUUGGGGUUGGUACCUUGCAAAUGACAUGCAGUUUUUUGUACUUUCACCUUUUAUAAUAUAUCCUUUGUACAGGAAACCUUUGAUAGGAUACAUAUUAAUACUGGCUCUUAUGGUGAUGCAGUUGGUUUACAGGGGAAUAAUGUCAGUACAGCUGGAUAUGACCUUGAAUGGAGCACCUGACCAGGAAGAGUUCUUUGACAAGAUGUACCAGAGGCCGUAUGCCAGAAUAGCCCCGUACGUUAUUGGGGUUCUAACAGGAUACUUCAUGUGGAAAUCUGAGAGACGAGUCAAGCUGCCAAAAGUGAUUGUGGUGUUGGGAUGGAUUAUUGCCCUUGUUUGUGUGUCCUCUGUGGUGUUUGGGACCACUGAACAGUACAGGGGCCAUAAGUCCUCCACAGCAGUUACUGCCCUUUACAACUCUUUGUCCAAAACAACAUGGAGCUUGGGUUUAGCAUGGAUCAUAUUUGCAUGUAGUAUAGGAUAUGGAGGUUUUAUCAACACUUUCCUGUCGGCCCGUCUGUGGUCUCCCCUCAGUCGCCUGACCUACUGUGCCUACCUGGUUCACCCUGUCAUCAUGUUUGUCUACACUUACAGCCACAGAUACACUAUGUACUACUCUGACAUCAAUAUUGUGUUCCUCUUUUUGGGAUUUUGGAUGGCGACGUACGGAGUAGCUUUCUUUGUUUCCAUGGCGUUUGAAGCACCAAUGAUAGGACUAGAAAGACUUCUUCUGAGAAAAAACUAAGAUAAAUUGUUAUAAUGAUCUGUUAUCUUUUUUUAUACUUUUUUUUAUAAUAUUUAAAAUUUCUAUUUUUUAAAAUUAUUUUUACCGAUUUACAGGUGACUUUGUACAUGUAUAUCACAAAUAUAUCAAUCCAGUUUUUUUUAUGAUCUGAAGUUAUUACAUGUACAAAAGCUUUAAAUACACAACAAACUUGUACACGUCAUGUUCAUUUUCUUUGUUUAUUUUUUGGUGUUUUAUUUCAAUCCCUGAGAAAGUUUUUAACUGACGUAGCAACAAAACAUUACCAUUGUUAAGAAUUCUGCUUUGUGAAGUGAUAGAUUUUUUUUUUAAUAUUAUAUAUAAACUUUUCUAUUUACAGUAAUAAUCAUGUUUUACAUUAAAAAGAAAAAAAAUGAUAUGCAAAUUUUUAAAUAUGCAUGUAAUAAGCUUUAGCUGGUUUACAAGUUGAAAUAUUGCUAUAUACAUGUACAUGUAUGAAUAUUUAGUUUUGAAAUUUUGAAGACAUGUCAUGUAGGAAAAGUUAUAAUUAUACUAGUUCAUGUCAUGAUGUGUAUUUGAUUUUCAACAGUUUGAGUUAUAAUCAGAAUAGAGCUUAUAUAUGCAUGGAUCAAGUGUCCGUCAUUCUAUACAAACAAUCAGGCUGUAUUUUUUAUGAAAUGCUUUUCUUUUUUACAUUUAUUUCUUGAUUUGUAUAAAACAUUAAACAUUCUAGAGACUUAGACUACCCGAUGAUGUAUAGUCUUUGGAUAAUUGAAAGAUCUGACAGUCAUAUUUUUAAAAAGAAAAAAAAACUGAGAUUAAUUCAAAAUGCUACCUUUCUUUGUUUUAGCAGGAUUUGAACACUACUUGUUUUGGUUAUAGAAUACAUGAAGUACAAAGUUAAAACAAACUUUCACUAAAAUCUAACUCAACCAGAUUUACAAGAAAAAUAGUUCUAAAGAUGUUUGCAAUUACUCUCUUCAGAUAUAAGAUUAAAACAUUGGAGGUACAGUUUUUUUUUGUAGAGAUUUAUUUUUAUGAUUCUAUUCAGGGAAAUGUUUUUAUUUUUUUUGUAAGAUAAAUUGAAAAUAAAUAUGUCACAUAUAAAAGAUGUUUCUUUGAUCUGCAUAUCUACCUUUUUCUAUCUUUAUAUAAUGUUGUUAUUGUUAUUUACAUAUAAAAUCUGUCAG